CUUCGUUCAAGUUUGACAACAAAGCUUAAGGUAGUUUCCAAAAUAACAAGGCUGCAACAAGAAGGCACAGCCUUGCCCAAACGCCAAUCACCUCCUUGCUUCGAUAAGCCCCCAGUUAUCGCCACCAACGACCAGAACGACCUCACAUGAAACGGAGACGUGGGGGCUAACCCCGUCAACACCUUCCAAAUCCUUGCCUCCUUCAAGCAAGCCGGCCGUCGCAGAAGGUUGGGCACCGCCAACACAAAAAUUCGAUGCUGCUUCAAUCUCUCUUCCACGGCCAGAAUUGCGGUCAAUACAUAGAUGUAACCGCCCUAUAUUGUGAGAGAACCUCUCAGUCAUUUACUGCUCAGCCAGAUCCAACCCAACUGUCCGCAGAAUCGACGGCUCAAGCUUGGACGCGUGGAAGAUGGAAGGGCACGCGAGCAGUGGGAAAGAAGGCGAGAAAGGGCUCAGGGGCCGAUUGAUGGGCAAGCUGCGCAAGGAGAAGAAGUCCCAGAAUCAAGACGAUGUCAACGAAUUCCUUCAUGGCCCUUCGGACAAAUUGCAUAUGAUGCCGGUCACGAACGAACCUGCCUAUCCAAAGCCAUUGACGCGAAUCGAUACCAACACCGCUCGUCGGUGGCCUAGUGCUGCGGAAAUUCAAAGUGCAAGAAUAGUCAGGGGUUGGUCUGCGAGUCUAAAGCGGAGGAAAGGCCUAGUGGUACGAUUCACACAGGAACAGCCCGAGGUGAUCGGUGAAGGGGGUGACGAGGCUAUUUCACCAGUCGCUGAAAUAGGAAUGAGGAAGAGAGCGAAUUCGCAUCCCCCGAACCUUCAGCCAAGCCACCUCCAGCCAAGUCGACAACAGAAUUUGAUCGUCCGCCGACCCGUGAACAGUCCCAGACAUAGCCAGGAGUCGGUUCGGUCUCAAAAUACGGAAGAACCUCCUCCUGGACCCCUCCAACGUACACAAACUGGGUUCGAAUCAGUACCAGAGACGCGGAGUGGGCCAGUGCAGGAGGAUGUUUCUGGAAGGAAUGGGGGACUAGAAGAUGGUGUACGGCAUGCUUUGAGCCAAAGGUCCGGGUCGGAUAGACGUUCCUUCGCCGAAAUAAAGGCGGACUUUCAAUCUGGGGAAGGCCUAGCUUUAGUAAAAGCGGCUUCGAACACGGCUAUCAUCGAUCAGCAUCUUCCGGGUGCACCUGGUACAGCUGCUGAUGAGAUCUCCCCUCAAAUGGACGAGCUUCACCUCAAUACCAUGAAGAAUGUUCAUAUACCAGCAUCUCCUGGUAUUCCUGUGCAGCAGACUCAUGGCAGUCCUGUAGCACCCAACGACCCCCAGGUUGCGGAACAUUUGACUGAAAGUCCAGCAGGACUGAGUAGAGCACCCACUUUGACUCUGCAUGAAGCAGCAGUUGCUGUCGGGGAAGAUGCCUUACAGGACUUCUCAAACCGAGUCGUGCAUCUAUUCACACUGUUUCGUUUAUCCACCGAGUCUGUGAAGCCACUUCCCAAGUGCACACUUGAAGAGCUUGUACGAGCAGCGCUGUGGUGGUUCUUGAAAGGUAGACUAUACCUUGAAGCGGCCGUCAGGGAUAGGCCUUCCAGUCCUCAUGCUCAACAGACCAACUUCUUCGUUCGUCAACAAGCAUACGCCGAUCUUGCCAAAUCAUUAUGGCUUGUAGAGACCAUCACCUCACAUUAUCCGGAAACACAACUUCGUCCAGUCUCGACUAACUCGAACUCGCCUCUGGCUGAUAUACUAGAUGUUCGGCAAGGGAUAAUGACAAGUUUGCGAAAACUCACCAUGUCAAUGAAGCGCAAUAAUUUUCUGCCCCCAGACUCUGACGAUGUCCCACUCACUCAAGGGCUUGAUGCAACAAUAUGGGUCCAGGAUGAUGGAAAUCGAUCGCUGAUUGCAAGCCAGAGGCCGACCAGCGCAGUCCCACUCUCGGAAACCUUCCCCCUAGGCGAUACAACUCAGGCUUUCCUUUUCAGCAGAAUGUUCGUAGAGGCAGUUCUUCUGGAGGAGGCCGCAUCACAACACUAUCGGUGUCCGGUUAUGGUCUCCGUCGUCCGUGGCCAAUGGGAUAAGGAAGCGACAGCCAUUGUAGCAAGCCAAGAUGGCUCAUUGAACCUAGCGAUUCAGUCAGAGAGAGGUCGGGGACCCUCGUGGGAAGAUGUGAGAUGGCAAGCAACACACAGUACAGUUGAGCUUAAACUGCCACGAGGGUUUGUACUUCGCCUACAUUGCUCCGAGCAUGAGUUCAGGACUCUUUGGGGAAUCUAUGAUUAUGAGAAGAAAACUCACGCCAGUCUCCACCAACGUUCGGGUGAAAACCUAGUUUUCGAAACUAUUCUCCGGACUUUUCAAAUAUUCGAUCAAGGCAGUCAUUCCGCUUUUCCAAAAGAACCACUACCUCACUGCCACUUUCGACUUUUCGAGAAGACCGUUGUUGAAAAGGCGGCUACUGGACCUCGAACGAUGCAUCGAGGUUUUCGAAUUGGCUUGAAUACCAGCUCGAAGACUAAGAAUUUGAGAGGAGUCGAUCAGGAUCUUUUGCCACGUGACCCAAUCCAAUUUGGGUUUCUCCGUGGCGAGGGAGGCUUCCCAGCACUUCUUUUGAAAAUUAGGGAUGGGAUGGCAAAAUACACCAUGGUCUGUACCUUCGAGGAUGUAAGCGAACGUACACUACUCCAUACACUCGUCACUGGCAUUGCACUUGGAAACGGAGAAGAUGUCAUUGCUGAAGCGCCUAUCAGGACAAUGACGGCGGAAAUUGGUGACGAGAGCAAGAACAACUGCCUCCGAGGUCUUGAGUGGCACAAUUUCAGAGUCAUAAAUCAAGGAACUAGCGAUGUCCAAAGUACCAAGACGGUACUAUCCGAGAACUUGAGGGUGGUAAUGGAUUUCAAGGCUGGCAGUAUCACCGACCGGAUUAAUGUGGAACCUGGUGAGCUGAAGCUGCGAUUGAACGUCAACAUCCUGAAUGAACUGAGAGUCAUUCGACAACCUCAACAAGACAUGACUAUCUCCGUCUCUGAAUCUCAAGUUUCCAAAGAAUUACCACAAGAAUUAGCGAUGCUACUCGGAGACCUAUCAAAAUCGGAAUCAACUCGCAUAUACACCUUCCCAAGCACAAAAGAGUUGCACUUAUUCCAAGCUGCCCUAACAGGAUUCAGCGUCUUAUUCGAUGGCAUUGCAUCUUCCUUCAACAUCUCACGCAGGAGGAUGGUCGUCCCCAUCUACAAGAAAUGGGACGCCAUCACGACCAGAAUACUAAUCGUUCAGAAAGAAAAGGUCGUGCAAUUAGUCGCUUUCUUCGAGAACUUCAGCCACGGCGAUUGCAUGAACUUCACGCUCAAAUCCACGGAUAUCUUCGAAAGCUCGAGUCGAAGCGGCAAGUACUCUCUACGGAUCGUUGAUGCCAAGUUCGCGAUGCCAAAGACGAGAGGAGAAGCAGAGAGCGGGAUCGAGCAUGGAUUUGUUUGUUUAGACAUGCCGGACUAUCCAGGGGAGCACGACGAUAUAACUCUCGUCUUUGAUAAUGAAGAAGGCCGAGAAGCACUUAUAAAAGCAUUGCCAGCGCCGGUGAAAGCUGCAUCACGUAUAGGAUCUGUUAGGCGGUAAAUUUGCAUGAAGAUACGAUCAAAGCAUUGGUAAGGAGCAUAGCGUUGCGUGUGAGCAUUUUGGUGUGUGUUGUAGCAUUUUUGCGAGAUGAUAUCCACGGCGCUUGAGGGGACCUUCCUAUGGCUCUAAAAAGCCAUAUGCUCGGGGUUCGGGGACUCAAGAGGGACCCAAGAACUUAGUUCUUAGAGGAAUACAGAAAGUAAAUAUUCAGCUCGGUGUUUCCGUAUCGUACCUCCACAAACUGGUACGACGCGAGAGAUCGGGAGGAUUCGAAACACUUCACGUGAUAGAAUACGGGUUUGCGUCAUUGGUGAUAGGUCGAAUAAAAAUAGAAAAGCUGUUUGAGUCUGUG